AUGAGAACUGAUGAGAGAAGGCAUGUGAGCUACAUUUUGGAAGCUGAGGUGGAGGAUAUCAGACCUCAAGAUUUUGAAGACGAAGACCUUUAUGGCCAAUCAGUAGAAGAUGAUUAUUGUAUUUCCCCAUCAACAGCAGCUCAGUUUAUCUAUUCAAGACGUGACAAGCCCUCUGUGCUUGCUGAGCCAUUAGCAGAAGAAUAUGGGCAUGAAGAUGCUGAAGAACCUGCCAGUUAUUUUACAUCUAAUCAUCAGCUAACUGGAGUUGAUCAAGCUCGACUUCAUUCAUGCCUUGACCAGAUGAGAGAAGUUCUUGCAGAGUCUGUACCAGAGCAGGUGAUGGUGGAAGCAGUGCUGAAUAGUAAAUUUGAUGUACAGAAAGCAUUGGAUCUUGUCCUUGCACAAGAUAGUAAGGGGAAUACAAAGGCUAAGAAUGAAUGCACAGUCAUUACAGGAAAGGCAACAAAAGGAAAAUCAAGGGAUUCCCAGUCCACCAGAAUUGAAUCUGAAGUUGUUCCAAAAGUUGCCAAAAUGACUGUGUCCGGAAAGAAACAGUCUAUGGGAUUUGAAGUUCCAUGUGUGGUUGCUGAAGAGAAUGGCCAUGGUGCUAGCGCAUCUCAAAAAAGACCAUCAUCUGAAGAUACCAGUGUUACUUCUGGGUUAGUUGAGACAGUCUCAAAAUCAGCUCUUCCAUCCCAAACAACGCAGGUGUCAGAAGAACAGAGUGCAGCACCUACUCCAGUGAAAAAGUCUAGCAAGAUGAAACAACAAAUAGAUGUGAAAGCAGAACUGGAAAAGAGGCAAGGAGGAAAGCAACUGCUGAAUUUGGUGGUAAUAGGUCAUGUUGAUGCAGGCAAAAGUACUUUAAUGGGUCAUUUACUCUACCUUCUGGGAAAUGUGAACAAAAGAACUAUGCACAAAUAUGAACAGGAAUCUAAAAAGGCUGGAAAAGCUUCAUUUGCCUAUGCAUGGGUCUUGGAUGAAACUGGAGAAGAAAGAGAAAGGGGAGUAACAAUGGAUGUGGGUAUGACGAAAUUUGAGACAAAGACAAAAGUGAUUACGUUGAUGGAUGCUCCGGGCCAUAAAGAUUUCAUCCCAAAUAUGAUCACAGGAGCUGCACAGGCUGAUGUGGCAAUCUUGGUUGUGGAUGCCAGCAGAGGAGAGUUUGAAGCAGGGUUUGAGACUGGUGGACAGACUCGAGAACAUGGGUUAUUGGUUCGUUCUCUUGGAGUAACACAACUGGCUGUUGCAGUCAAUAAAAUGGACCAGGUUAAUUGGCAACAGGAGAGAUUUCAAGAAAUUACCAGUAAACUUGGCCAGUUUCUUAAACAAGCUGGCUUUAAGGAGUCUGAUGUAGCUUAUAUCCCAACAAGUGGUCUUGGAGGUGAAAACCUGGUUACAAAAUGUGAAUCAAGUGAACUCACUAAAUGGUAUAAGGGAAAAUGUUUGCUAGAGCAAAUUGAUUAUUUCAAGCCACCACAGAGAUCAGUGGAAAAACCAUUCAGAUUGUGUGUUUCUGAUGUCUUUAAAGACCAAGGAUCAGGAUUUUGUGUAACUGGUAAAAUAGAAGCAGGCUAUAUUCAGGUUGGAGAGAGACUUCUGGCAAUGCCUCCCAAUGAAACUUGCACUGCAAAAGGAAUCACACUGCAUGAUGAACCAGUUGAUUGGGCUGCAGCAGGAGAUCACGUUAGUCUCACUUUGACCGGCAUGGAUAUCAUCAAAAUCAACGUGGGCUGUGUAUUUUGCAGUCCCAAGGAACCCAUCAGAGUCUGCACUCGUUUCAGAGCUCGGGUCCUCAUCUUUAAUAUUGAGGUCCCAAUUACUAAAGGAUUCCCUGUGCUUUUACACUAUCAAACCAUAAGUGAGCCAGCCACUAUCAGGCGAUUAUUGAGUGUUCUUCACAAGAAUACUGGCGAAGUCACAAAGAAAAAACCUAAAUUUCUGACUAAAGGACAGAAUGCUUUAAUAGAACUACAGACACAACGGCCUGUUGCUCUUGAGUUGUACAAAGAUUUCAAGGAGCUAGGAAGGUUUAUGUUACGCUACAGUGGAUCCACUAUUGCUGCAGGAGUUGUCACGGAGAUUAAAGAAUGACUUUGGUGCCAGGAUUUCCAAGACCCAACCAAAAUGCAGCCUGCUAAGAGUCAAGUUCAGCUGAAGGAACAAAGUGCAAUUAAUUUGAAAAAAAGAAAAUCACAUUAAACUUCAAGGGAACUUUUUAUCAAUUUUUCUCCACAGCAGAAUGAGAUGGCAACAGACAGGGAAAUGGAAAUGUUGCACUUUCUCAUGGCAAAAGCUUCUGUAUUUCCCCAUGUGAAAUUUUUUUUCACAGAGCUUUAUGGAAACUUGCUUGGGAAGAUGCAUGAGAAGAUAAGAUGGUGAAUCAUCAUGAAACAAACUUGCUACUUCCAGCCAUAGAGAGUUUACAUAUUUUCUUUGAUUUGCUUACUUGCUGCACAGUAAUCCAGUGAAGUAACUUAAUUGGCCUAAUAUAUUUUUAAGGUUUGAGAUGAAUGCUUAUUCAGGGAAAAAAGAAAUAUUUACUGCAGUUUCAGAGAAUGGUGUUUUGUGUCAUCCACAGGAUUAUUUGCCCCAUCCCAAAUUUUAUUUAAAAAAAAAAAUCUUCAUUUGAUAUGUAGUGGAAGCUGUGUCAUCAAUGGCUAAUUUGAUUUUCUUUUUUUAAGUGUAAAAAUAAUAAAGUAGCCUGGUCUGAG